CUCACCCCCCCUCCUGUUAUCAUGGUGGCUGCAGAGAACCAGGAAGAAACCUGAGUUGGAGCUGAUCUCAGAUCCAUCAGGAGUUGGGGUCAAAACUCAAGGUCAAGUAUGCAGACAUCCGCUGACACACCUGAAGUGAUCCUGGAUCUACUAUGUAAACUCACUGGACUCAUUGUUGGGCAUUUAUUUUUAAUGAUUUUAUAGAGUAUAUUUCAUUUUCCCUUCUGACAGCGUUCUCUUUGUUGCUUUGUCUAUGUCUUUAAUGUGCGUUCGCUGCCAUAACAACCCAAUUCCCCCCAUUGUGGGAAGAGUAAAGACAGUCUAAUCUAAGUAUUACUAACCCUUCUUCAUAGUCAUGAGUUAUGUUUAUAUAAUUCAGCCUCCUUCCUCUAAUAAUCCUGUAGUGCCACUAACCCCAUGUUGAUUCCUUGGUAUCAAGUCCUCCUUGUAUCAUAAUGGUAAACUCCUGAUGAUCAACUCCAUAUUGUCACUUUUAUAUCAGCUCAGUAUUUAAAAUAAAAUUACAAUUUCUCAGACUUAUCACGGUUUCGUUAAUCUCAGUCGAUCUCAGAAACCAAAUUCAGGAGCGGCGGUGUCUGAGAGGAGCGAGGGAGGAGGGCCAGGCCUCUGCGUCCUCCCCUCUGCUGCUGCUCGACUUCAGGACAAAAGGCCGGCGCUCACAAGCUCACACACUCACACACCGGCAGGAUGAAGCCGUCUCGCUGUCCUGGAGCAAGAUCCCACACUCAGAAGGUCAUGUGGAUGUUCUUCUCCAGCAUCUGUGUGUCUGUCUGGUUCGUCCCCGUGGUGGCAGCUAAACCUCGCUGUGGUUCGGACCUUCUUGAGGACCUCAUAUUCGUGUGUGGCGACCGAGGAAUCUACUUCGGUGACUUUCCGCCUGCAGGUAAAGGCUCGUGGUCUGGUUACGGAUCGAGACCGCGAGGGCGGGGGAUCGUGGACAGAUGCUGCCUGUCGCCGUACGGCUGUGAGCUUCACCAUCUGGAGAAAUACUGCGGCAAACCUCCCAGCCAGACGGCGACCGCAGCGCCCGCCACCACGGCAGCCGUUGUGUCGGCGCAGCAGCCGUUCCUGAAAAGACUUUCAGAACACGUGGCACGCUCCGACAGUCCCAAGAAAGAGGCUUACAGGAAGAGAACGCCGCCGCGACGGAAAAGCAAAAGCCUGCCGUCGCACACGAGAGCCAGCUCCGAGGACAGAAGACCCACGACCAGUCGCCCCUGAACAAGCUAGUUUUUCUUUCACUGUAAGGCAUCAUGGUCCGAAACAGUUUCCUUUCCUGAGCAACUCUCAUAUAUUACAUGAUUAAAGUUAUGUUAUUAUAUCUCAUAUAUUCAGUACAAGUUGUUGACUCUGAUGUAUUAUUUAUUUGCCACUUUGGCUCAGACCGAUUUCACACACCUGUUUAUACUGCUCUGAAUGUGUCUUAUUUUGUAUUUGUUGGAUGAAUGUUAAAUGUAUUUUCCAUCGACAAGUCAUGGAUGUUUGCGACUCAGUAUGUUUCAAUUUUACCUGAAGUAAAACCUCAUCACACGAUGACGCACAAUAAAUUUGUCUGUUUGUAUUGAUGUUUUUGGGGUGGUGUUGGCCCGUUUUUACAAUAAGUGCGAACGGUUUGUUCAGCUGAACUACGCAUUCCUGCCACGUGAGGCAGCAAAGUAAAAAAAAAUCUUC